AUUCAACAAGAUUUUAUCAGCUACCAAUACUCUAGCUUUUUUUACUACAAACUAGGCUGCCAACUCAACAUUGCAACGGCUAACCCUGCUUCGCCUCAACUCGAGUUGAGGGAUCAGCACGUGUUACUCGGAUGGAGCUACUCCGAAUCCGUCCUAAUCGAAUUGAACCACCCGCCAUCAUUCCUUGAAAUGCUGAGGUCUCUCAAUCACUGUAUGAGUGAAGAAGAGAAAACCGCUGCAUUAGGAAGGAUGGAGAGGCAGAUCAAGGCAAUCAAGAGGGUUCGAGAGUUCAGUCUGGAGGUCUACGACGGAACGUUUCUCGUGCGUAUGGAGGCGCUCGAGUCUGCAGCGAGAAAGUUGCGACCACCACGCGGAGUACAGCGCUUGUGGGCCAUACUGCACGAGAAGCUCCGUAGAGCAGAUAUGCAACAGCUGUGCCCAGUGGACUCGUCCCUCAUCCCAGAAGAGCACCUUGUAGCCUUCUGGCGUCUGUGCCACACAGCGCACCGACUGGCAUCGGCACUGUACGACACCCUCCCAUACUGGAUCAUGGUCCAGCGUCCUCCACUGAUGACGAUUUGGCCAGACGAAGGGAGCGUGUACAUCGAUAAAGUUGUGAGACACUUCUCCUUCGUCCGUUGACAACUUGCACUGUUGGGUGGGCUGCACAAGCUUACGAAGGUACCGAUCUAGCUGUUCAGCCUUGAUCGACUAGAGGAGAUGGUGAGGGAUAUGGACCGGGUCAGGGAGAUGGUACAUAGCGAGGUGGUGUUGCCGCUGCAGGUCAGGGAGACGCUGGGCUUUUGGAGGAGGAUGCAUAGGUGCAGGGGGGGAAGGGAGUUUGUGGGGCUUCAGAGCGGCUUC